AUGACAUAUAGCAGUUUAAAUUGGAUUAUUAGCUAUAUGUCCUUGUUUUCUAUUACGGAAAACAAGCAAUCAUCAUUUCCCAAGUUUAUUACAUACGACCGUUCAGUCUCAAUCCCGGAAGGUGGUUUCGAGUUUUUGGGUUCUUGCAAUGGGCUCUUUUGCUUUCGCGCUAAACCGCACCAAAUAAUCAUUUGGAACCCUUCAUCAAAUGGAAACCUCAAGACAAUCCCAGAUGUCUGGCAGUUAGGCUGCUUGAGCAUUUUUGGAUUUGGGUACGAUGAGCGUAAUGAUGACUACAAGGUUGUUUAUGCUUAUAAUGCUGACAAUAGUGAUGAGAAUGUGGUUUUGGUGUCUAGUUUUAAGAAUGGGACAUGGAAAAGAAUUGAAAGAGAGCUUAGUAGUGGGUUUGUUAAUCCCAUAAUUGCUGUGUUUGUGAGUGGUUGUCUCAACUGGUGCAACAACAACUUAGCUGACAGUGAUUGGAAUUGGAACCUAAUUUCUUUUAACUUAACUACUGAAACUUCCAAAGCUAUGGCGUUACCCAGCCAUGAACAUGGGUCUGCUACUUGUAUAAGUGAAUCAAGAGGAUUUCUUUUUGCAGGUUUUCAUCACAAAAGUCAAAUGGAAGUUUGGAUGAUGAAUGAGUAUGGAGUUGAAGAAUCUUGGACUAAACGAGUCUGCAUUUCAAACUUACCAAUUCAUCAUCCACUUCCUCGGGGUUUAGAGAACACCGCAUACAUGGCUAUAUAUAAUUCUAAACUCGCAAUUGCACAUGUUUCGGAAAAUGGUGAUAUUCUAAUGAUGGUUGGGCGUCAGCUGAAGCUCUAUAGGCCUAAUGCUAAAAGGGGUAAGAAUUUUACCAUCCCCUAUAAUCUUGGUUAUAUGGUAUUUAGUUACAUCGAGACCCUUGUUUCACCAGCCAUGAUCGGUCUGUAA